AAUUACUACAUAAGCCUUUCUCAUUAACAAUUAUCUGCCACCCAAUUAUUUUUCAACGAGAGAGAGAGAGAGAGAGAGAGAUGGAAAGCAAAGGAGCAAGGCCUGAAUUCAAGAAAGGUUUGUGGAAACCAGAGGAGGACUUGAUCCUGAAAACAUAUGUAGAGACUCAUGGUGAAGGCAAAUGGUCAACUGUGUCUAAGAGAUCAGGUUUGAUGAGAUGUGGGAAGAGUUGCAGAUUACGAUGGAAGAAUUAUCUAAGACCCAAUAUUAGACGAGGUGGGAUGUCCCAAGAUGAAGAAGACAUGAUAAUUAGAAUGCAUAAGCUUCUUGGCAACCGGUGGUCACUUAUAGCCGGUCGACUUCCUGGUCGGACGGACAACGAUGUGAAAAACUACUGGAAUACCCAUUUAAACAAGAGAUGCCCUUCAAGAAAAAGAAAAACCAUCGACUCCAAACUUGAUCAGAACGACAAUAACACCAAGAAGCAGUACAGAAGCAAGAGAAUCCGUUCACUAAGCAAUUCUCAGCCCACUUGCAACACGAGUCCAAUAGGCAGCACUGAAGAAUUGGAAGGGAAGAACCAAGAGAAAGAAGAGAGAAGUGCUGUGAUCAGUGAUGCAUGGAUAGAACAAGAUGCGCAGAGCAUGAACUCUUGCAUAGAAUCUCCAAUGGUGCUACACAACAAUGCUACUUUUUUCUUUGAAGAUGACCCUUUCCUAACCUACUGGGAUUCCUUUGAUAUGUUUGAAUCAUUAGGCUGUGUUGGUGACUACUGGUAAGGAGACAUAUUUACAGGUGGUCACGCAAUCAGUCAUGCCACAGUUUAUGAUAUCAGACUCCAAGCAUGACCCUGCACCCUGCACCUGAGAUGAUCGCUUCUAAUUAAAAAGUAUGGAUGUGAUUUCUCCGUGGGACAGGAAAAGCUGUGCUAUUUCCUGCACUGUUGAGGAUUAUUCAAUGGAUUCUAAUAUAUAUAUAUAUAAAAUUACCUAUAAUUAUGUUUGAAACAGAUGUAAGGCAAUAUGCCGGUGACUCU